AAUGCAGCCUGUUCGUGGUCCUUUCUGGUCCUUUCCAGUUAAUAACGUUGCUGCAGAAGCACGUGGCAGAGAUUGUGAUUAUUGAAUUCGAAGUAAAAGACAAGCGAAAUCACAAUGCCCCUUGCUAAAGAUUUUCUUCAUCCAAGUCCGGCUGAGGAGAAAAGGAAACACAAGUUAAAAAGGCUCGUACAAAGACCAAACAGUUACUUCAUGGAUGUGAAAUGCCCAGGAUGCUACGCCAUCAAAACCAUUUUUUCACACGCUCAAAGAUCAGUGGACUGCGAUGGAUGUCACACAAAACUGUGCACAUCUACAGGUGGCAAAGCUAGAUUAACAGAAGGUUGUUCAUUUAGGAAGAAGGUCCAAUGCUAAUGUAACAACAAUUAAUGUAUACCUUCCUCUUUAUAUCCAAUAAAUAAACAGGAGUAUUAUAUAACUUCUUUUACUUAAUUAAA